AUGCACCACUCGAGUCGCUAUUAUCAGCAUCGUCCAUCGCACCAGUCUCGCCCACAAACCCGGCCUCGCCCAAAACACAAAAUCUUCCCCCUUCUCAGUCUUCCAAUGGAGCUUAUCCUCGAGAUCAUCACCUACGCUGCAUCACCAGUGUUCUUCAAUGAGAAGGACGUCAGCAUAGUGAAACCAUCAUACAGCGCAGCUAUAGCGAUGGCAUGCGUAUCCUAUUUCAUGUACCAGCAGACGAUGCCCCAUCUACUACACACCGUCAUACUCAAUUCCGAAGAUGAUCUCGCGUUGUUCGCGCGCACAGUUCGUCUUCACCACCAAGGUCGAGUAUUCAAACGUCUUUCAUUUGCCCCACUCCCGGUUCGACGCUUCUGGUGCUCAGAGUCGUAUGAAGCUCUCGUUGAUCGGAACAAUAACGUCGACUAUUCCUCUCUAUACCAAGUCAUCUGCCACGCAAAGUCCAUCGGCUUGCCCGUUCAUGGGAUGCAUUUGCUGUAUAAUGGCGUUACUAGCGACGGUGCGAAUCCAAGCCAGGACUGGAGAUGCCGACGCGUGACUUUUGAGGGACAAAGUCUGAGAUGGAAGCCGAUCACAUCCUCCGGCGAAGGGGCUACGUUCUUGGGGAAAAUCACCCAUCUUUCCAUGUGGGUGCCUUAUCAUGAUCUGUCGAAGGUUCCUCCAGAGGAAUACCCAUUCGCGAACUGGGUGCAGAACAUCCCAUUCCACAUGAUGCCCAAUCUCCGGCAUUUCUCGUUUCCGCUUUUAGUAGAUCAAAGGCGAUAUGGAAGCAAGGUUGGAUACUCGAUGAUGCUUGUGUACUGUGCGCCCCACGGACAGGAGUUCAAUCCUGUCGCGUUUCGUGACUGGGCCAGAAGUCCAAAAUUCUGGACUUACGGAUGGCAAGUAAAGCUCCAGAUAACGCCAAAAAUAGUGCCAUCUGCACGUGAAGAUUGGGUUGUCGGUUACGUUUUGGACGAGGCUGAGCGUGUUUGGAAGGAAGUCGACAAGAUGCUGAAAGUAAAACAUUAA